AUGCCGAUGAAAAAGGGUUUGUUGGGUGAUUCUAAAGCCUUAGCCAACGUUAGACUUAACCAAACAGUUAAGCGAUUACAUAAGAAUCCCAUGAUGCAAAAUUUAUAUAAGGAAUUUAUUUCAGAAUAUGAAAGUUUGGGUCAUAUGGAAAAAGUGAAUAAUGACCUUUGUGAAGGAUCGUAUUAUUUGCCGCAUCAUGGAGUUUAUAAACCUGAAAACUCAACCACAAAAUUAAGGGUUGUAUUUAAUACCUGCGCCCCUAGUACAUCGGGACAAAGUUUAAAUGAUUUGCUUCUUGCUGGAGCAGUGAAAGAAAAUAUUUUUGAAAUAAUGACUAGAUUUAGGACUUAUAAAUACGCAUUUACGGCAGAUAUUAAGAAGAUGUACCGUCAAAUAUUAAUUGAUGAAUCACAUAGAAAUCUGCUAAAAAUAUUAUGGAAGGAUAAUAUGAAUGAGUCUCCAAUUACUUAUCGUCUUAACACUGUCACUUAUGGCACAAAAUCGGCUCCAUUCUUGGCCAUUCGUUGUUUGAAGCAACUCGCUUUGGAUGAAGCGAAAAAAUUUCCGUUAGCUUCGCAAGUUACACUAACAGAUGUGUAUAUGGACGAUUUCGUCUCGGGUGCUGUUACUUUAGAAGCAGCCCAGGAAUUACAAAGGCAGUUGAUACAAAUGCUGCAAACUUGUGGCAUGGAGCUUCAUAAAUGGACUUCAAAUUCCUCUGAACUCAUAAAUAAUAGCUCUGAGAAAACUAACCAACAAUAUUUUCUCGUUGAUCGACAUUCUUCAGUAAAAGCUUUGGGUCUGAAUUGGCAACCAAAAGAAGAUUAUUUUCUUUUUAAGGUAGAUUUAAAGAUCAAGCCUUUCUACACUAAAAGAGACGUGUUGUCAGUUAUCGCUCGUUUAUAUGAUCCAUUAGGUCUCGAAGAUACUCUCCCCCAGUCAAUUCAGCCAGAAUGGUCGAAUUUUGUGACAUCUUUGAAAGUCAUCGAAAAUCUCAAAAUUCCUAGACAUAUCUUGACAGAAUCUUAUGAAAGAACUGUUAUAGUAGGUUAUGCUGAUGCUUCUGAAGCUGCUUUCGGAACUGUAGUUUACAUGAAAUCUAUUAUGGAAGAUGGCACAGCUGUCAAUAAACUUAUUGCCAGUAAAUCAAGAGUCGCUCCCAUUAAAGUAAUUUCGAUUCCUCGUUUGGAGUUGUCAGCGUGUCUCCUUCUCUCGCAGUUGAUAGAAAGAAUUCGUCCUCCUCUUCAGAUGCUAAUCAGUGAAACAAUCUGUUACACAGAUUCAACUAUUGCACUUGCCUGGAUCAAGACACCACCAUAUAAACUAAAAACUUUUGUUGCUACUCGGGUAUCAAAGAUACAAACUCUCACAGAAAACUUCCAGUGGAAACAUAUUUCUUCCCAACUUAAUCCUGCAGAUAUAAUAUCUAGAGGUUUGAACCCUCAUGAAAUCUUAACCAAUGACUUAUGGUGGUGUGGUCCUGACUAUUUACCGGACUCUAAAAAUUAUUCUAGUGUUGAACUUGAUGAGUCUGCAAUUUCAGAUGAACAAUAUCUGACUGAACUUAAAUCACAGUCAAACAUUAGUUUAUCUUCUGAUGCUGAAGGUUAUAGAAGAUGGCUAAGAAUGAACACAGCAUCAUUCGAGUAUCUUCUAUCAUUGGUAUCACCUUAUAUUUCUGGAAGAGAUACGAACAUGAGAAUAGCCAUCACUGCAGGUGAAAAACUUGCUGUGACCCUGAGAUACCUUGCAUCUGUUAUCAAAGAUGAGGUGAAACACAAAGCUCCCUAUCUUUCCAAUUUCGAAUUGCCCAAAACACUAUAUCAGGCAAUAUAA